CAAAAUACCGUAUUCUUGUUGUCCUUAUGGUUUUUAAAAAAUUAUUUUUAAUUGGGUAUAACGGUAUAGGAGAAGAAAACAAGUAUAGUUUAAAAAAACCAGGGGUUAGAACGGCUUUUAGUUCAAUGGAUGACUUAAAAGCGCUAGCUUCUCAGUCUGAAAUUAAUUUGGAAGAGAAUAAUUCAAAAAAGAACAAAGAAUUUUUAAAUGAGAUGGCUCAAGAGUUGAAAGGAAUAAUUAAUGGUCUUAUUGGAGAAAAGGAAAAUGAUGAUCCGUUGGUUCCUACAAGGUCACUCUCACCUGAGAUAAUAGCGAAGCACAGAGGACCUAAAAUUGACCAUCAACGAAGGUAUGGAUUAUAA